AUGAUUAAAACUGUUGCGAAAUAUCUAUUCAUUGCAUUCCUUAUAUCUACCCACAAGACUUUACCGUUUGCUUAUUGUGUUCGAUUCUACUAUCAAGUAUUCAGACAAUGGUACUUGACAAGAUCAUCAUACAUAUCAAAUGGGAAAAAGAAUACUAAUCAUUUACCAAAGGGUAUAUUCUCAUGGGUAACUCUUGAUACUAGAGUUUCACCUUUGGAAUUGGAUAUGUAUUUACAUAAAUCAAAUUCAACUUACUUUUUAGAUUUAGAUAUAGCUAGAACUAAAUUACUUACAAAAGUAUUCCAAAAUACUUGGUGGAAUCAUUAUGAUAAUAUUUAUAAUGAAUAUAAAUCGGUCAGUUUUGGUAAUAUCCCUUAUGCCCCAAUUGCAACUGUUAAAUGUUUCUUUAAAAAGGAAUUGAAAUUAUAUCAACCUUUCCAAAUCAAAUCAAGAGUUUUCGCUUGGGAUUCAAAAUGGUUAUUUGUCAUUUCAAAGUUCAUUACUACUUAUAAAGGGGAAGAAAAGAUUCAUGCUAUUGCCUUGACUAAGUAUGUAUUCAAAAAGAAUGGUAGAAUUACCAUAAAACCUACAGAAAUGAUCAAAGAAGGUGGUUUCCUUAAUGAUGAUGUGUUAAAGCAAAACAAUAUAAAUUAUCAAUUGGUAACCCACUUAGUAUCAACUGAAAACUUAGAAGAAUUAUUAUAG